CGGUUUGGUGCCAGCUGUGAAACUGACGAGGGAGCGGGAAGCGGGGGCUCGCUCCCUGUCUGGGGAGCAGGCUGCGAGCAGGCGUGCGAGCCCAAGUGUGUUUAAAAAGCAAAGAGCCGCUCCCCCCCCGCCCAGCUCUGCUCCCGGCUGUCUCCGAGUCUAGGGCGCUGCGAGCCCAGCGCUGGCCAGGGGCACGGCCAGAGGAGCGGGCAGGGGAGCAGAGGGGGCACAUGCGGCUUCUGUUGUAGGGCGAGCAGCCCGAAAUGAAACAGAACCAGGCAGAACAAAGCUCUGUCACAACUGUGCUUCCUGGUUGUCGCCUCCUGCCUGCAAACCACUGAACAUUUUCCACUUGAUAUCAUCAUGCAGAAAGGGAGAAACGAGACGCAAUGAGAGAUUCAGCAGGAUGAAAAAAACAACAUUCUUUGGGCUACAUCUUGCUCUGCACUUGGUUUGGGGAAAUAUAGGAGAUUGGUUUUAGUUUCUUGUCACUUGGAAUCUCAGAGGUCUCCCAAGGAGUCUUCAAGCAAAAGAAAAUACCAAAAGAUUAGAGUCAGAUGCUCGUCUACAAACUUCCUAACCACUGUCCUUCACUGAUGAGAUAAAAGGAAGUCGUGGAAAGAGAGGAACUACACCAGGCUUCAGAUUUUGGACUAUACGGCAAGACUCUGUAAGAUACUCAGUGUUUUCUCCAUUAGGGCUACAAUGGAGACACUGUCCCAGGACUCUCUGCUGGAAUGUCAAAUUUGUUUCAAUUAUUACAGCCCCCGACGGAGGCCCAAGUUGCUGGACUGUAAGCAUACCUGUUGCUCUGUUUGCCUUCAGCAGAUGAGGACAAGCCAGAAGGACCUGAGAUGUCCCUGGUGCCGAGGUAUCACUAAACUGCCACCGGGAUUUUCUGUAUCCCAGCUGCCUGAUGACCCAGAGGUGAUUGCUGUGAUUGCAAUUCCCCAUACUUCAGAGCACACCCCAGUCUUCAUCAAACUUCCUAGCAAUGGGUGCUACAUGUUGCCCUUGCCCAUCUCCAAGGAGAGAGCGCUGUUGCCAGGAGACAUUGGCUGUCGCCUCCUGCCAGGUAGUCAGCAAAAGUCUGUCACUGUGACAAUCCCAACCGAGCAGCAGCCCCUGCAAGGAGGGAUCCCGCAGGAAGUCGGAGAGGAGGAGCAAGACAGGAGGGGUGUUGUGAAAAGCUCCACCUGGUCAGGUGUUUGCACUGUGAUCUUGGUGGCGUGCGUCUUGGUCUUUCUCCUUGGUAUUGUUCUCCACAAUAUGUCUUGCAUUUCCAAGCGUUUCACUGUGAUUUCCUGUGGCUGAAAAGGGUCUGCUCCCAGAAUACUCCGAUGGGAUAAUUAUGGGGUUGGGAAGGUGUUGGUGAUGACAGGCUCGAGUGAGAUGAUGCACUGCAACAUUGACCAAUUACUACAGAACGCUUGACACUGUACAGUUGUUUUACAGUCUAAAGGCAGUCCUAAAAGGCAAAAUGUGAGACCUCUCAGCAGAGUACAGAGAAAAUCAUGAUGAGCAUCUGAUGGUGACUGCAUUGAGGAAGACUGCAUGUGUCACCAUCCUCAUUGAUCAAAUGGAUUGUAACUUCUAAUGAUUUUUAUCAUGUUAUGAGACUAAAGACAUCUACUUAGCUGGUAAUACUGUAAAAGUAUAUGAUAUGAUCACUCUGUCUUUAAAUGCAGUAGAUUAAAAUCAAAAUGCUAUAUGUAUAAGUAGAAUUAAACAUGAGAAUCGGUGUAAGACUCAGUAAAGAUAGUCCAAUGCCAGUCAAUACAUAUUUUUUUUAAUGGGAGGUGAAAGGGAACUGUAAAAAAAAAUUCAUUUAGUUAGUAAGGCUUUUUAAAUAUUUUAAAUUGCACAUUAAUUAAAAUAAGUUAGAAAGUUGCAUAAUAGUUUUUAAAAGGAAACAUUUUACAAAUGAUUUGUGUUUCAUAUCUGAUGUGUGUUUUGUCAUAUACUUUCAUUUUGUUUCCACCUGUAGUGAAGUGUCCUUUCCAAGUGUUUUGUUAAAGCAAGAUCCAAGCAGAGGAGCAAUAAAGUGAACAAAUAGGGCUACCUAGAAGUGCAGCCAAAGCCCUGUGGUGUAAGCCCAUCAUGGGGUAUGGCUUUGAAGUGUAAACACUGGACAUGCUGUUUCACCUCUGGUCUGUCAGACAGGCUUCUCAAGGCUCUGGUCUCCCUGGGGAUUAGUGAAGAGAUGGGUCAUAGAAGUGCUGGACAUGUUUCCUGCAAUGACUGGAUAGCAAAUUGAUUUUUAGAAUAUGGGACCAGCCUUGCCUCCAUGUUCAAUCAUAGUUGCAGCUGUGUCAUUACUGACAGUAACUCCCUGGAUGCCUAGAUGACAGAAUAGAAAUUGAGGUCUCAUUGUGCCAAGCAUUGUACAAAUAUCUCAUCUCAAAGGGUUCAUGCUCUACAUAGAUAAAACAGACCAAUGAUGGGAAAGGGACUUGCCCAAGGUCACAGAUCAGGUCAGUAGCAGGCCUAGGAACAGAACCCAGGGCUCCUGAGUCCAAGACUAGUGCUUGAUCUACUGGACCAUGCUGCCUCUCCUAACCCCCUGGAGUCACACUGGUGUAAAACCUGUGUGAGAUCAUAAUCAGGCCCUGUGCCUCCUUUCAGUGAUAUAAACCUUUCUACUCUUAGGGCCAAGUGUGAAACUUCCAAAAGGAAAUGAUAUAUUUUUUACUGCAUGUUGACAUUACAAAGCUCACGUGACUGCAACUGAUUGCUCAUAAAGGCCCAGAUUAGGCUACUUAUGCUAACACCUCACUUAACAAGACAGUUCAUCACCUUUUGUGGGACUUCUUGCGGAGUAAGGUAUUCAGCAUGAGUAAGGGUAUCAGAAUCUGGCUGAAAGUCUGGAUUUGUUUGAUUUUUUUUUUAAGAGUCAGAGUGGGACUUGUGGUAGAAAAAAACUAUUGGUUUGCCUGAUUUGUAUUGCUAGUAUGAAGAAUGAACAAUUACAUAGGUGUAAGCACAGUGAACAAUGACCUCUAAUCUAUUACUAAUAUGCUUUCUAAUAGUUAAUUUGAGAUGAUUCAACCCUAUGUAAUAACACUGGAGAACCUUGUUCCAACUGAGUUAGGCACAUAAAAGAAGUCAGUGGCGUUGCACCAGUGCAACUGAGGAAAAAUUGGUUCUUUAUGAACAUCAUUCUCAUUCGAAAAUAAAAUACAGAGCACAUAACUUCCUUAGUGCUAGAUUCUCUCUUCUCUCUCUCUCCUCUGCUUUAUGUCUGUUCUCUAAAAAAUGGCAUAUAUAUGCCUGAUUGUUAAAUUAUAUAUGUAAGGUUACGCAUGAAGAUAAAGCUCCUGGUGCACUGUGCCUGCUUUUAUCUACUGUCAUUUGUGAGGGCAUAACAAAGAAAAUACCCCAGAGGUGACACAUUUGUUACCUCCUUUUAUCCACUAAGAAAAGCACAUGCAGAACCAUAUGCAAUAUGCAGAGAACCUGGUUUACAAACGCUUAUAAACAUUAUGCACCUGGACAUCAGUGAACGUGGGAUGUAAUAGAAAGGAAUAUUUAUUCCAAACGCAUGCGGUAUUAAAAUUGUUAAUCUGUAUCAUCGUCUUGUAAGGAAAACUGUAUUUACAUCCAUGUUACAUGUUAGCAUGUAAUGGAGCUGUAGCCUGCUAAUAUUUCUGCCUUCAUAAGACUCCGUGCUAGAAUACAGUUAGAGGACAUACUGCUCUACUGCCUCGCCCCUUGUAAUCAUCUACCCUCACAGCACGUGGGGGGGGGGGGGGUGUGGGCG